AUAAUCUGUUAAACUAUGUAUAAAAUAAUUAUUGAUGAAUUCAUAGUCUGUGUUAAGUUUUUGCGUGCGCCCCCUUUUGCCCGGGAUCCGUCCGGAAGUGAGGCAACAGGGGAAUGUCCGGUGACGUCAGCCCGUCUGGACGCCAUUAGAUCUGCAGCUGUUUGGAGAGAAACAACAACAAGACGAACGACCCUCGCACGGAACGCGCUCUGGACCGCGGGAGCCCGACGCCUCUUUCCCCUCCCCGGGCUUCACCGGCUUCUAACCACGGCCGCUCUCGGUGAGGAAACUCUGGCCUCCGCUUCCUCCUCCUCCGACUCGGACACCGGCGGAGCGUCGCCGCCCCCGCGGAAGAAGCGCCGAGCCUCGUCGGCGGAGGGAGUAGGAGAGCCCGGGGCUUCAGCAGGCCUUACGUCAGCGACCCACCUCAGCCGAACCGGCACCAACAUGCAGUCGAACGGGACCGGACAGGAGCAGAACCACCCGGCCAGCGCGCAGAACGGAGAUGCCAACGGCCUCCAGAGCAACGCAGGCUCGGCUUCGGGGGCCUCCGGGACAGGUUCGGGUUCCCUGAAGAAGAAGAAGCGUCUUUCUCAGGCGGAGGAGGACGUUAUCCGCCUCAUCGGACAGCAUCUGAACGGGUUAGGGCUGAAUCAGACGGUGGAUUUGUUAAUGCAGGAAUCUGGCUGUAGACUGGAGCAUCCGUCGGCCACAAAGUUCCGGAACCACAUCAUGGAAGGCGAAUGGGACAAGGCUGAAAAUGACCUCAACGAGCUGAAAACAUUGAUGCAUUCACCCAGCGCUAUUGUGCGGAUGAAGUUUCUGUUAUUACAGCAGAAGUAUCUGGAGUAUUUGGAGGACGGAAAAGUUCUGGAAGCUCUUCAGGUGUUGAGAGGAGAGCUGACUCCGCUCAAAUACAACACAGAUCGAAUCCACGUGCUCAGCGGGUAUCUGAUGUGCAGUCACCCUGAGGAUCUGAAGGCAAAGGCUGAAUGGGAGGGAAAGGGCGCUGGGUCACGAUGUAGAUUACUGGACAAACUCCAGACGUACCUGCCCCCCUCUGUAAUGUUGCCCCCUCGCCGGCUGCAGACGCUGCUCAGACAGGCCGUGGAGAUGCAGAGAGAUCGCUGCCUUUAUCACAACACCAAACUGGACUCCAGUCUGGACUCUGUGUCCUUACUGCUGGAUCACGUCUGUAACAGGAAACAGUUUCCGUGUUGCACGCAGCAGAUCCUCACAGAGCACUGCAAUGAAGUCUGGUUCUGCAAGUUCUCCAACGACGGCACUAAACUCGCCACCGGCUCGAAAGACACAACUGUGAUUAUCUGGCAGGUGGAGCCGGAUUCGCAUCAGUUGAAGCUCAUACGGACUCUGGAGGGUCACGCAUACGGUGUGUCGUAUCUUGCCUGGAGUCCUGAUGAUGUUUACCUGAUCGCCUGCGGCCCAGACGAUUGCUCUGAGCUCUGGUUAUGGAAUGUUCAGACAGGAGAACUGCGGACAAAGAUGAGUCAGUCUCAUGAGGACAGCCUGACCAGCGUGGCCUGGAACCCUGACGGCAAGCGCUUCGUUACAGGAGGACAGAGAGGGCAGUUUUACCAGUGUGAUCUUGACGGAAACCUGCUGGAGUCGUGGGAAGGCGUGCGUGUGCAGUGCCUCUGGUGUGUGGCUGACGGCCGGACUGUUCUCGCCUCUGAUACGCACCAGAGGAUCCGUGGAUACAGUUUCGAGGACCUAACAGACAGAAACAUAGUUCAGGAGGAUCAUCCUAUAAUGUCUUUCACUGUUUCCAAGAAUGGAAGAUUAGCUUUGUUAAAUGUAGCAACUCAGGGCGUUCAUCUCUGGGACCUACAGGACCGUGUGUUGGUCAGGAAGUAUCAGGGUGUGACACAGGGUUUCUACACCAUUCAUUCCUGCUUCGGUGGACACAAUGAGGAUUUCAUCGCUAGCGGAAGUGAAGAUCAUAAGGUUUAUAUUUGGCACAAGCGCAGCGAGCUGCCGAUCAUGGAGUUGACGGGACACACACGCACAGUGAACUGCGUCAGCUGGAACCCCUGUAUUCCCAGUCUUAUGGCCAGCGCUUCUGACGACGGCACAGUCCGUAUCUGGGGACCCGCACCCUUCCUGGACGCACAAGAGCUGGACGGCCUCAAUGAGAGUUGCAGCAGUAUGGACAGUUGAUGGCAGCCCUGGAACAGAUGACUUGUCGCAACCGAGAAAAACCCGAUUACAGCAUUGUCCUCCUCCACAACGACGCACGAGUCCAAAAGCGAAAGAGAUCCAGAGCCUCGUUUUCAGGUGUCCGGAGGCAGCAGAGACCUGACGCUGAUUCGAGCCGCUUCCAUAACGACGGAUCUGAUCUCUUUCCCUCCACGGGGUUCCCACAUUAUUACCCUUUCAUUAGGCCCGAAGACGAGAGCUGGAGCGCCCGGGCGGGUGUUUUUCUCUCUCGCUCUCAAUCCUCCAGCGGCAGAGGACGAAACACUUUUUUUUUUAAAGAAAUACUAGUCCUAGCAAUUCUCUCUUUUGUUCCUUUAGCAGUUGAUCAGCUUGGGCUUUAGUGUUGAUGAUGGAGUGCUGUAGUUUUUCUGUUUUUUUUUUAAAUCGUUCAGAACACAAAUGCAUUGGUUUCAACCGGACUCCCAAGUCAUGCAUCAGCAGGGGUCAGAGGUCGCCUUUUCGAUCUUUGAGAGUAAAUUCUGCUUCGGCCUCCCUGUUGUAGCACAGCUGUGUGUGUGUGUGUGUGUGUGUGUGUGUUUGUAUGUGAGUGUGUCUGUGUGUGUGUGUGUGUGUGUGUGUUCAAAUGUGCCUAAAGUUGGUGUAUGUUCGCAUGUGGCACUGUUCUCACAUCAGCGUGUGUGUGUCCUUUGUUUAGCCAUACGAAUCAUUUUAACAGAAUCUGAUCGAAGCCCCAGAGACCUUCAUCUGUGGAACAAAAACUUGAGAACCAUUUUGUAUUUUUUUUUUUUUUUUUUUU